GGAAUGAUGAACAAAGGUUAUGUUUGGAUCACUACUUAUGGCUUGACAGACAUUGUGGACCUCUAUGGAUCAUCAGCAACCAGUGUAAUGCAAGGUGUUUUGGGUAUUAAACCUUAUGUCAGUGAGGAUAACCACAGGCUUCAAGAUUUCAAGGCAAGAUUUGUUAAGAAAUUUAAGUUGGAGAAUCCAUCUGCUCAAGUUAGUGAGCCCUUGACAGUGUUUAGUUUAUGGGCUUAUGAUACUGUAUGGUCAUUAGCAAUGGCAGCUGAGAGCGUUUUUUCGGCAAAUUACACAUUCUUGAUGAACAAUGUGAGGAAGAACUCUACUGAUUUGGAAAGUAUUGGCAAGUCACAGAUUGGUCCAGAACUUGUCGAAUGGAUCUCAAACAUCACAUUUGAUGGAAUUAGUGGGAAGUUUCAUCUGAUUGAUGGACAGCUCGAGACAAACAACUUUGAGAUUGUUAAUGUUGUUGGAAAUGGGAGACACAGGAUUGGAUUUUGGACACCAGCUAAUGGUUUUUCUAUGGAAUUGAAUGCAAAAAAGAAUGUUAAGGUUGAAGCUAUUAAUUGGCCUGGUGAUUCUGCUCAUGUUCCUCCUAGAGGAUGGGAGUGGCCAACCAAUGGGAGAAAUCUUAGUGUUGGCAUUCCGGUGAAACCUGGUUUCCGUGAGUUUGUGAAUGUUACUGCUAAUGAUUCUUCAAUUCGACCAACAGGUUACUGCAUUGAAGUCUUUGAUAAAGUAAUGGCUGCAUUGCCUUAUAAAGUCAAUUAUACUUAUGAAUACUUUGUCAAUGAGACGGGAGAAAUGAGUGGAAGUUAUGAUGAUCUUAUUUAUCAGGUGUACCUCAAGAGGUAUGAUGCUGUAGUUGGGGAUAUAACAGUGAUAGCGAACCGAUCUCAGUAUGUUGAUUUCACUAUGCCGUACACUGAGUCUGGUGUGUUUAUGGUUGUCCCCGUCAGGGAUCGGCGUAGGAAGAAUGCAUGGACAUUUGCAGAGCCAUUAAGCACAAGCCUCUGGAUUGCCACUGGUGUAUUCUUCAUAUUCACAGGGAUUGUGGUUUGGAUUUUAGAACACCGUGUUAAUUUAGAAUUCAGAGGUCCUCCAUCUAACCAAAUCGGCACAAUCUUCUACUUCACUUUCUCGACUCUUGUCUUCGCUCACAGGGGGAGCAUGAUGAACAAUAUAUCAAGGAUUGUUCUGAUUAUUUGGUUGUUUGUAGUCCUGAUUCUGCAGCAAAGUUAUACUGCAAGCUUAUCGUCGAUAUUGACAGUGGAACAACGCCAACCGACUCUCACUGAUUUCAGUGAGCUUUUAAGGAGCAAAAGCAAAGUUGGCUACUUGGUUGGUUCAUUCGUGCUUCGUCUUUUGAAAGGAUCGAACUUUGAUGAAUCAAGACUCAUUCCAUACAAAACCCCAGAUGAGUAUGAAGAGGGAUUAAGCAGUGGAACAGUGGCUGCCAUUGUCGAUGAGAUUCCUUACGUCAAAGCGUUCCUCCACAAUCACUGUGGCAAAUACACCAUGGUUGGACCUAUAUACAAAACCAAUGGAUUUGGCUUUGCAUUUCCCAUAGGAUCACCAAUGGUUGCAGAUGUUUCAAGAGCCAUUUUAAACAUGACAGAGAAGAAAGAAAAAAUGGAAGACCUUGACCAACGUUACUUGUAUGAUGUUGAAGCAUGUUCUGUUGAGGAAGAUGGUUCAUCUUCAAGCAUGAUUACUUUCAAGAGCUUUUGGGGAUUGUUUCUCAUCACUGGUGUGACCUCCAUGCUUGCCUUUCUGAUACAUAUAUCCAUGUUCUUCUAUCAGAAUUGGCACAUUGUCAGAGAUGCUGAUCCUAAGUUAUCAUUUGGGCAAAGACUUCUUUUGAUGAUCAAAUACCAUGACAGGCCAGAGUUACAAUGUGCUGAUACAUUCAAGGAUAAAAAAGAAGAGGAAAUGGUUGCACUGGAGAUGCAGAGUUCAGUGAGCGCUUCUUAUAACGGACAUGAUGAUCAUGUUGUUGGGAAUGUGGAUGAUGAUGAUGAUGAUGAUGAUGAUGAUGAUGCAGGGACUCCAUCAGAGGGUGAAGGGACACCAGGCAGAGAAAUUGGUGGCCCAUUUCCAGACCCACCUUCAUUUGCAGAUAUGUUAUGUCAUAGUAAGGGCCAUGAUUCUACUUAGAAUUAUUUUCAAAUUUACUGAUACUGUUACUCUUGAGAUAGUGUAUUAUGGAAGUUAAAUAAAAUAUUCGGGGACUGAAAAGUAUCAGAUAAAAAAUACAUGCCAAAAUAAA